AUGGAUGAUUUCGCUGAAGCGCAUAACGGUCUCGCGGACAAGCUGCAUGAAUUGGACACCGUCCUGCACGACCAUGCGGUCAAAAUGGCCGACAUGGAGGACAGAUCAAGACGCAAUAACUUGCGUAUCCGCGGUAUACCGGAGUCAGUGCUCAACCCUGCACUUCCCGACUACCUGUUAGACCUCUUCCAAGCACUGUCACCGGAGACGCACCCGGAUCAGCUUAUCAUCGACCGAGCACACAGGUUGAGAAGACCGAAACACCUCCCUAACUCCACCGCGAGGGACGUGAUAGUCCGUGUACACUUUUACCAUGCCAAGGAGAGGCUAGUUCGAGCAUCCCGCACACCAGGCAUGCCAGAUCCCUACAAGGACUUAAAAAUCUUCACGGACCUGUCGGCGGGACCCUCCAAUUUCGGAAAAGCCUGA